UCUCUGCAUUAAGUCAUCCCGCUUCCUGGAUCUGGAGUUGUGAAAUUCCCAGUGGGGAGAAUAAAUAGAGCCAGCAGCCCAAGGGUGGUGCAGACGGCUUCAUCAUGUCUUCUGGAGGUCUUCUUCUUCUGCUGGGACUCCUCACCCUCUGGGCGGAGCUGACCCCCGUCUCCGGCCAGGACCGUCCAAAGUAUUGUUAUCUCCCUCCUGACCCCGGACGAUGUAAAGGCUAUUUCCCUCGCUUCUACUACAACCCGGCUUCAAACCAAUGCCUCGUGUUUAUUUAUGGGGGAUGCCAGGGCAAUGCCAACAGGUUUAAGACCAAAGAUGAAUGCCACCGCACCUGUGUUGGAUCCCCAACGAAGAGACCCUCCCGGAUUGGAACAACUGUUCGAACUUGACCCAAAGAGUCUUCUUCAGUCCUGGACCACCCCAGAGACCCUCCCCCCAAGCCCCACCCUGGGCUCAUUCCUUUCUUUCUGCAAUAAAGCUUUGGUUCCAGCUGCCCUCUC